AUGGCCACCGCAAUCGAGGUUACUCAAAGCCCUCGCAGGACAGCCUUGUAUAUCGUGUCUCGCGAACUUGCAAAGAUUUCGUCCUUGCUACCUUCGAAUCCAAUGAGAUCAAUAAUCGUUCACUCGUUAGUCGAUGCUCUUGGACUCCUUGCCCCGUCGUACUCUCCAAGUCGCAGAUUGGUGGCGGUGACGCCAAAACGCACGUCGCCAAGCACUCUAGCAAUGUACCACACACAAGACUACCUGGAUUUCAUCUUGAAUCCAGAGAACACGGUAGACGCAGAUGCCACCAACUUGACGGAUUUCGGUCUUGAAGAUGAUUGCCCCAUGUUCAAGGGGCUUUCGGAAUACGCGCCGUUGGUUGCUGGGGCGACUCUCACAGCUGUAUCGGCUUUGGUGAAUGGUCUAAGUGAUGAAGCUAUCUGCUGGGACGGAGGCAGACAUCAUGCCCAAAAGUCGCAUGCGUCAGGCUUCUGCUAUGUCGCUGACUGCAUUCUCGCGCUCUUGGCUUUGAAACGCUGUCCGCCUCUCGCUGGCACCCCCAAUCGUAAACCACGAAUCAUGUAUCUCGACCUCGAUUUACACUUCUCCGAUGCCGUCUCUCAGGCAUUUUACUCGACUCGACCUACCGGAAAUAUUCAAGUUCUGACUUUAAGUCUCCACCACUCCGCUCCUGGGUUCUUCCCACUAUCUGAACUUUCCGCAUUAUCUAAUCCUGCAGAUGCUAGCUAUGACGCUGCUACUCUGUCCAUCCCUUUGCACAAAGGCGCUUCUGAUACGACGUAUGCUAGGGUCUGGAAAUUGGUCGAGAAAGUGAGGGACACCUACAAUCCCGAUUUCGUCGUAGUACAAUGCGGACUUGACGCACUGGCCGGAGACCCGUGUGCGACUUUCAAUUGGUCGUUAGGCACUAGAGAUGGAUCGCUCGGCUGGUGCAUCAAUCGUAUACAUAAAGAAUGGUCGGGGAAGAAGCUUUACCUCGGCGGAGGGGGCUAUCAUUCUGCCAACGCUGCGCGUGCUUGGGCAUAUCUCACCUCCAUAAUACUUGACAACCCAUUGCCUCUAGAUACCAACAUUCCCGACCACUCUGGAUUCCCUUUGUAUGCCCCUUCCUUUACACUGGACGUUCCAGCUGGCAACAUGUUAGACGAGAACACCGAAGUUUACCUCCAGUCGGUGGAAGAGCGGUAUGAGAUUAUUAUCUCAUCAUUACACGAACGGCUGGAGGUAUGCUCAGCCGCAUAG